CAGGUCUUGGCCAGGCUGGUGGCGGAAGGGGAACGCGCGGGGGAGGGGGGGAAUCUGAAACCGAACGCCAUUACCUACAAUUCGCUCUUGACCGCCUACACGAAUGCGGGGGACAUGGCGGGGGCGCAGCAGGUGUUGAAACGCAUGGUGCAAGCCGGGCUGUCCCCGGACACUUACACGUUCAACACCCUGAUCGCCGCCUUCGUCGCCCGCAGAGAGGUGCGGGCCGCGGAGAAGAUGGUGGCAUACAUGCAGGAGCACGGGGUGCUGGCGGACGUGGUCACCUACAGCCAGCUUCUCCAGGGCUACGCGACCAAGGAAGGAGACAUGGGGAAAGCAGAGGAGGUCCUGGAGCGGAUGGCGAGGGACGGGGUGGCGCCAAACUCGUACACGUACAACUAUUUGAUCGAAGGCUACGUGAAAGCGGGGGAGAUGGACUGGGCGGAAGACGUCUUGGAGCGGAUGCGGACAGUGGGGUUGGCCCCUACGAGCAUGAAUUACUGCGUCUUGAUGGACGCGUACACACGCAGGAGGGACGCGAGGGGGGCGGAGAAGAUCUUGGACCGGAUGAAGAAGGAAGGUGUGCAGGCGAAUGUCCAGGUGUUCACGACGCUGAUGAACGCCUACGCCAAGCGCGGAGACGUGGAGGGGGCGGAGGGGGUGUUGGCGCGCAUGCUGGCGGUGGCGGAGGAGGAAGGAGGAGGUUCGAAGGACUGCGAGCCGAACGUGCACACCUACAGCACGCUCAUGAACGUGUAUGCCCGAGCGGGUUUGGCUGCGGGGGCGGAGGGAGUGCUGACACGCAUGACGGCGGCGGGCUGGGCGCCGAACGUGAUCACAUUCACCACCCUGAUGACAGCCUACAGCCGGGCCGGGGACCCCGAGGGAGCCGAGCUCGUGUUGAAGCGCAUGGAGGCAGCGGGGGUGUCGCCCAACGUCUUGACGUAUAACACCUUGCUGAGCGCCACGUCGAGGAUGGGGUUGAGGGAGGGUGAGGUGGAGGAACGGCGGGCCAAGCGUGUGCUGCAAGUCUACGAUACCAUGCGACGGAGCGCGGGGAAGGGAGGAGGGUUGGAAAAGGCGCCGGAUGAAGCCACGUACACGGUGCUUCUGACCUGCUUGUUGAGGUUUCCCAAGCGCUUGACCAAAGAAGUCUACAAACUCAUCCUGGAGGACUGGCGCCGCUUGGUCCCUACCAGGAAUCGCUCGGAUAGAAAUUAUCAGUCAUUUAUAACGGUGCUGGCCGCCAUGGGGGACUGGGAGGAAAUGGCCACGGUCUUUCGGGAGGCCCAAGCACGGUUUCAAAAGGGGCAGCUCUCGCCAAGGGAGUAUUCUAAGGUGGAGGCGACGUUUCGUGAGAAGGGAGGGUAUUAUGUGAGGGAUGGGGAGGAGAAAGACGCAGAUAGUAGAAGCGCAUGACCGGUUGAACGACGCGGGGAUCCGUAGGGUUCCACGCUUUCGUGAUAAUGAUUCCUUUUGCCAACGGAGUGGCGUGUGUAGGAAGAGGGAGGGACCUCCGGUCGAGGUGCUCAUGGGCCGCGACGAGGCUUGCAACAUGGUGUACAGGGCCCGUAUCGACAUGUAUAUAGAUAGAUCAUUAAAAUGACGGAGUAAUUUUGACAGAAUGCCGCCCUUACUUGGCGGCGCAAAUUUUUCAUCUUUUUUGCAAGGCCAAUCAAUUGCAAUUAAUUGCACUUCGCAUCAGAAAAUGUGCGAGUAGGCAGCAGGAGGUUAAGCGAGCUGCCUCUAGGAGGUUUCGACACCUGUAUAGGUCCAUCCGCAGCUUGUUUUCUGGGUGCGUGAGGGCGUGCAUGCCAGACCAUAGCUAGCACCCCGAAGUGUCAUUA